CCGCGCCCGCCUGCUCAUGGCCCACGGCGAGCCCCUGGAACGUGGAUGUGCGCAGGUCGAGGGCGCGGCCGACAUAGGGGAGGCCGCGAUCGCGAUCGACCUGGUCGCGGCUGCAGAAGACGGCUUGAUCGAGCGUGGGGGGAAGAUCUUGGUGCUCGCCAGUCACAAGGGUAAACUGGUCUCUCUGCGAAAGGGCAACCCGUUCGCGCUGGGGCCCCCCCUGGGCGCGCGUCGCUACGAGCAGGCCGAAGGCAAUGGCGUGGGCAGGUCUGGCACCCCGCCUGGCCCGCUCCCUGGCGCGCCUCCCGGGGCGCCCCGGCCUGGCCGCAGGGCGCCCCCUCCCAGCCGACUUCCCCGACUCGCCAGAUCGGCAGGGGCCUGGAGAAGAAAGCGGCAUCGCCAUGCGCUUCUGCGGCCUGGAGGAACGCUGCCUGAGACUAUUCGAGAAUAACCUCAUGUCCAUUGGCGCCGUCGACGGAUGCCAUGGCGACGAGGCCGCGCUAGUCAUCGCCUGCGCCGCUCGAGCCGACGGAGCCAGAUGCUGGGGCUUCCUGGGCGACCCCAGCAGAGUCGACGUCGCCCUCGCCAGGGCCGAAGACGGGGCCAUCAACGGCAACGCGUGCAACUGUGCCGCGAGCUCGCAGCGCAAGAUCCUGGCCGAAUGGGGCCUUGUUUCAGACUCUGGGUCCAGUGCAAAGACGCCGACCGGGCAGGCAGCCGCCAGUGCCAUGGGGGAGUCUUGGAUUCGCGACAACAGCUCAGCCGAGGACGAGAAGCUGAUAGAGGAGGAGCGUGAGCUACGGGCCUGGUAUAAGAAGGUCGGCGAGAUACGCGAGCCGCACGGCCCGGGCGUCGCCCCGACCCACGACGCGCCCUUGCCCGCCAGAUGGGGCUGGAAUCGCCUGGCGGACGACCUGCAGACGACCCGCGCUGCCCUCCUUUUGGAUCUGGCCCCGUUCCCAAUCGCGCGCCACGUGCUCGCAGUGCACCCGCGCCAGUGCGGCCCUGGAGACGCCCCGGCAGACCUGUUUGAGCAUGCAUUGCCGAUAGCUUCUCGGCCGCGAGGGCUGCGUCUUCGUUCUUGAGCUGGGCCUGGGCCCGACAAACUACGUCUACACGGGCCCUUGGGCAAUCCUCCUGAACCUCGCUGGCGUGGCUCCGUCCCAGGUGGAUUGAUGCGGAUCGCCGCAGCGACGAGUCUCCUUGUCGCGCGGAGGAAGAGCUGCGCUUUUUGGGAUUGUUGUGGGGGGUUUCUCUGGUGGUCUCAGGAGGUGCUAUUGUGCGAGAUCGCAGAUUUGCAUGCCGUUAGUUGCAUCUGUCGGCGGACAGUUGCCUGGGCCCACAACAAGGGGCCUCCUUGAUUGUCCCUCGCAGGUUUUUUCCUCACCUCGGGAUACUCUCCAGUUGCGGCGUCUUGCCGAGAGCAUUCGGCGGAAAUGCCAGAACCGUUCCAAACGGCUGCCAGAUGCCCGGGACAUGCGCG